GCUCAGCUAAUGAUCAACAGAAAAAAAUCAAGUCAGCUAGAUGCUACUGCUGACUACUGACGAAACUUAAGUAGUGUUGACACUUUAAUCUAACCUCACUCUCGGUUAAUUUUACUUUAUAUUCUAUUGAAUUUCUGCGGGUUUCAGCUGCGGAUUCGCAAUUUUCAAAUGAAUUCAGAUUUAUUUUUAAUCGCCUUGUCUUGGUUACUUGAUUAAUGUCGUUUGUGUUUCGCGUACUUAUUUAUAGCCAACUGUGAUAAGAAGGCCCAGUAGAUGUUUAUUGCAACUGGUAGCAUCAACAAUCAAUCUGACCAGAUAGCUGACUCCGACCGGAAACGAAAAACCUCUGUCGAAAUGUCGAAAAGACAACGGGCGGAUAUCGAGUCGAUUUCCGGUUUGGAACCGGAAGAACGAGCAACGGAACUGCCGCCAACAUAUGUUGUUAUGAAAGUUGUGCCCGAUAUUCAUGAAAAAGCUUUGCAAUGGCUGGCGACCAAAAUCCGGGCCAAAAAAAGCGACGGCGGUGGCGAAUUGGUCGCCAUUUUGCAGCCGAAGACCAAUGCGGAAGAAGAAUACACUUUCCAUAUUUCCGCCACCAAAAUCAAGCUUUUGGAGAUUGCGGAAGACAUCGAUCUGGUAAAACCGGAUCCUCGCGGGCGGCCCAGGGAAUUUACAGUAGCGUCACUCGACGAUUUCCUAAUAGAUGGCACUACGAUAGACGAUUUGCUCACGAUUGCUGAUCGACAAACUAUUGUCUUACACGAAUUGGAAAACAUCAGAGCUUUAGAGUAUGAGAAAUUUAUUCCAGGGUAUCCACUCUUUAAGCUGCACGAGAACCAAUCCAUAGUGCCUCUAGCACAUAACAAGCAAUUAAUAACGAAAAUCUAUCCAUUGCAUGACGAUGAGGAAUUGAAAAAAUUGGCAGGCUCUUGGUAUAUGCCCAGAUGGUUCAAACAACCGAUUGGUGAUAUUAAGGAAUAUUUUGGAGAAUCCAUAGCGCUCUAUUUUGCCUUUUUGGAGUACUACACGUUGGCUUUGGUUGUUCCAUCGGUACUGGGAUUAUUCGGAUAUAUUUUCACUGAAACUGUUCCGUUUUUUUGUAUUUUCAAUGUUAUUUGGGUGACACUGUUUUUGGAGGUUUGGAAACGCAAAUCUAACGAACUCGCUUUCAAAUGGGGCACAAUCGGAAUGACCAGCCUGGAUGAGCCCAGGCCAGGAUUCCGAGGCUUCAUGGGAGUGGAUGCGGUUACUGGAAAAGUGUGCCCCCAAAGUCCUCGCUUUAUGACAUACGUGAAGAUGUAUGCAGUCUCACUGCCCAUUGUGAUAAUCUGCAUGAUUUUGGCCUUUUACUUAAUGUUGAUCUCGUUUUGGGCCGAAGACUACAUGAAGGAGCUUUUCUCCCCUGAAGACUAUCUGGUCAUGAUCCCCAGCAUUGUCUACUCCAUUCUAGUCACCGUUAUUAGUGCGUAUUUUAAGGAUUUUGCCUCUUUUUUGACCGAAUGGGAAAACCAUCGGACUCAGUCUCAAUUCGAGCGGCACCGAGUAACAAAACUCGUUCUCUUCGAAUUUGUGAACAACUUCCUUUCGCUAUUCUACAUCGCCUUUGUCAUCCAAGACAUAGAUAUGCUGAGAAGUCAGCUGCAGACGAUGCUUCUUAUUUCGCAAGCUAUUAAUAAUUUCCAAGAGGUUUUUAUGCCGCUUGGCAUGAAUUAUUAUUCCACCAACAAGUCGCAAAGCCUCAAGCAACAAAAAACCAGCCACAAAACGAAUCCCGAGGUGGAGCAGGAAAAAGCAGCGGCCGGAAGUUUUCCUUUAUUAAACAUCCCUCAGCUGCAGCCCGACGAUCCCAGAAUAAAGCAGGUUGAAACAGAGGGUGCUAUGGAAGAGUACCAAGACACUUUCGACGACUACUUGGAGCUGUACAUCCAGUUCGGCUAUGUGUUCCUCUUCUCCUCCGUCUACCCCAUAGCUGCCCUCUGGGCGCUGUUGAACAACGUUCUAGAGAUCCGAGCGGAUGCCUUCAAGAUGUGCCAGCUCUUCCGGCGUCCGUUUAUCCGGAAAGUCAAAGACAUCGGCGCCUGGCAGCGCUCCUUUGAAGUCUUAGGCGGUCUUUCCAUUCUGACGAACUGCGGCGUGUUGUACUUGAGCGCGGACAUCAGAAAACGCUUCCCCAGCUAUUCCGAUGUGGAGCUUCUGAUCGCCUUCAUGUGCAUCGAGCAACUUCUACUAGGCACACGCUAUCUGAUCCACAUCGUCAUAUCCGACAAGCCCGAGUGGGUUCGAGUGGCGCUGGCUCGGAAGAGCUACGAGUCGAAGCAGGCCCUCAAAUUCGAGAGAUCUCAGAAGAACAAGAAAAUCCUGUUCCGCUAUCGAACUGUGCAGUGAGUCGGAGCUUUGCAACACUAAACUGAUCUUUUAAGCCAAAUAAUUUUGCCUACUGAUAUUAAUAAAAUUUAUUGUUACCUGA